AUCUACUCUCGGGAAUCUGGUUGCGGUAUCUCGUCCGAUGUGCGAUUCGCGUUUCUUUUCUGCUGGCUAACGGCAUUGUGCAAAAUGCGUCUCUAAAUAUUGUGUCGAACAGAGCUAAACUAGUGUGUUAACGGUUAAGUCCAGUGCGUGGACAGUAAACGGUGAAAUUCGAGUGCGGUGGAAAUUUUUCCCAUUAGAUAAGCAUUUCUCGCAAGGGUAAAAAGUGACCAAGUGAAUCCGAUAGUGAAGAAAAUCGAUCCGUGAAAAGCCAUUCGAAGAAAAGGCGCAAGGCGAAAAAAUAUGGAUAAGUGUUCAAGCACUUAUCAAUGAUGAAAUAGACGUGAAUAGUCACUAACCACACAAUCAUCCAAAUGAUUACCCUGAUGCUUACUGGUGUUGUUUUAUUUGUCUACAUAUUCCUUCAAAAAUGGUGGUCCACUAGCACCAGUAACGCAUCCGACGAUUUGCCAUCCAAAUUUUCCGCGCUCUCCAAUAACUCGAAGGACAGGCGGAAUAGUCCAUCUUUCGAUAGUGAACCGGCAGCAGAGGGCUGCGAUACUGAACCGCCUGUCGUCAACAGUAGUAGCCAGCACGGUAUCACCAACGGUAACGUCGAAACCGAGGUCGCGAUCGAUGCCGUUGCGCAGCAGAUAAAACGUGUUUCAUUUUCCAAUGCCAAUCACAUCUACGAGGAUAAGGGAUCGUGUAGAGAAAACCUCAACAACCACUGCGCUUCGGAUCAUUCCACCAAUUCGAGCUUGGACUCUGUGAACGAGAAUAAUAUCGUCACCGAGAACGGAAUGGAUUCGAAGGGCGAAGGAGAUAACGGUGAGAGGCCUAAUUUUCUCGUCGGUGAAGAUGGGCUGGAAGAGAACGAAGCCAAGGAUGAGUUCCCGCAAAACACGACGAACGGUAUGCAACCGCCGCACGUUGGCUAUGAAGUGAAUCUCAAUGAGAAGCGACGACGGUUGAGGCCUAGUAUGUCCCAUGGCACCGGCCUAGGACUGGAACGAGGCCAUGAGCGAGACUUUGUGCUGUCCACCACCGAGGAGUUUGUGAAGAAAUUCAACGGAACGCGAGCGAUUAAUAAGGUGCUGAUUGCCAACAAUGGCAUCGCGGCGGUCAAAUGUAUGCGCUCGAUUCGACGCUGGGCGUACGAGAUGUUCAAGAACGAACGGGCGGUGCGCUUUGUCGUCAUGGUUACCCCGGAGGAUCUCAAAGCCAAUGCCGAGUACACCAAGAUGGCCGACCACUACGUCCCGGUUCCGGGUGGAUCGAACAACAACAACUACGCCAACGUGGAGCUGAUUGUGGACAUUGCCCUCAGAACGCAGGUUCAAGCGGUUUGGGCUGGUUGGGGUCAUGCUUCCGAGAAUCCAAAGCUGCCCGAACUGCUGCACAAAAAGGGAUUGGUGUUUUUGGGACCGCCGGAGCGCGCCAUGUGGGCACUGGGCGAUAAGGUUGCCUCUUCGAUCGUUGCACAAACGGCUGACAUUCCAACACUGCCCUGGUCCGGGUCAGAACUGAAGGCACAAUACAGUGGGAAAAAAAUCAAAAUUUCCAGUGAUUUGUUUGCUCGAGGCUGUGUGACUACAUCGGAGCAGGGCUUGAUAGCAGCCGGCAAGAUCGGAUUUCCAGUGAUGAUCAAAGCGUCCGAGGGUGGUGGCGGUAAGGGCAUUCGUCGAGUCGAUCAGCCGGACGAGUUUCCGGCUCUGUUCCGACAGGUGCAGGCUGAAGUUCCCGGAUCGCCUAUCUUUGUGAUGAAACUAGCUCGCGGUGCGAGACAUUUGGAGGUGCAACUACUGGCUGAUCAGUACGGGAAUGCAAUUAGCUUGUUCGGUCGUGAUUGUUCGAUCCAAAGACGUCAUCAGAAGAUCAUUGAAGAAGCUCCAGCAAUCAUCGCCGAGCCGGAAGUGUUUGAAGAUAUGGAAAAGGCCGCUGUCCGGUUAGCAAAGAUGGUGGGAUACGUGAGUGCAGGUACCGUGGAGUAUUUGUACGACGCGGAAGGAAGAUACUUUUUCCUGGAGUUGAAUCCUCGACUGCAGGUAGAGCAUCCUUGUACCGAAAUGAUAGCCGAGGUAAAUCUUCCAGCUUGUCAGCUGCAAAUCGGUAUGGGAAUUCCGUUGUACAGAAUCAAAGAUAUCCGUCUAUUGUACGGUGAGCAUCCAUGGGGUUCAUCGGUGAUCGAUUUCGAUAAUCCAGUCACGAAACCACGGCCUCGUGGCCAUGUGAUUGCUGCUCGUAUCACAUCGGAGAAUCCUGACGAAGGUUUCAAGCCAAGCUCCGGAACAGUACAGGAAUUGAAUUUCCGAUCAAGUCAGAAUGUGUGGGGUUAUUUCAGUGUGGCCGCUUCCGGAGGUCUACACGAGUUUGCUGAUUCUCAAUUCGGUCACUGCUUUUCGUGGGGUGAAAACCGACAACAGGCACGAGAAAAUUUGGUUAUCGCGUUGAAGGAACUUUCCAUUCGGGGUGAUUUCCGAACAACGGUAGAAUACUUGGUGACGCUUUUGGAAACGAAUAGCUUUUUGGAGAAUACUAUUGACACGGCAUGGUUGGAUGCGCUGAUUGCAGAACGUGUGCAGUCGGACAAACCGGAUAUUAUCCUGGGAGUGGUGUGUGGUGCUUUGCACAUUGCUGAUAUUAAGAUAACGGAUGCUUUUACCAGCUUCAAAACGUCGAUGGAGAAGGGGCAAAUUCAGGCAGCUAACACUCUGACAAAUGUAGUAGACGUAGAAUUGAUCUCCGAAGGCAUCCGAUACAAGGUACAACCAGCAAAGACCGGUCCCAAUACAUACUUCCUUGUGAUGAAUGGAUCAUUCAAAGAAGUAGAACUUCAUCGACUAGCGGAUGGUGGAAUGUUGAUUUCGUUGGAUGGUUCGAGUUAUACGACUUACAUGAAGGAAGAAGUUGAUCGAUAUCGAAUUGUGAUUGGUAACCAGACGUGUGUGUUUGACAAAGAAAAUGAUCCUUCUCUGCUGCGAUCUCCAUCGGCUGGCAAACUGAUCAACUUGAUUAUCGAAGACGGAGCUCAUGUCAACAAAGGUCAACCGUAUGCAGAAAUUGAAGUUAUGAAGAUGGUCAUGACCCUUACUGCUGGAGAAACCGGUACCGUAUCGUUUGUACGUCGUCCUGGAGCUGUACUGGAUGCAGGUUCCUUAAUUGGACACCUAGAACUGGAUGAUCCGUCAUUGGUGACGAAAGCUCAACCUUACAAGAACCCAUGGCCUUUGACUGGGGACAGUGGGCAAGUUCCUGAAAAGCUGAACCGCAUUCAUUUCUCAUACAAAACUAUUCUAGAGAACACUUUAGCCGGAUAUUGCCUUCCAGAUCCAUACAACGCGCCUAGACUUAGAGAAAUUAUCGAAAAAUUCAUGCAGAGUUUACGUGAUCCGUCUCUGCCUCUGUUGGAGCUUCAAGAGGUGAUCGCCUCCAUAUCCGGGCGGAUUCCACUGUCGGUGGAAAAGAAAAUCCGUAAAUUGAUGCAGCUCUACGAGCGCAAUAUAACCAGCGUGCUAGCCCAGUUCCCAUCGCAGCAAAUUGCUUCCGUGAUCGACAUGCACGCAGCCACUCUGCAGAAGCGCACCGAUCGUGACGUGUUCUUCCUGACCACGCAAGGAAUAGUGCAGUUGGUGCAACGUUAUCGCAACGGUAUUCGUGGUCGCAUGAAGGCUGCCGUCCAUGAACUGCUUCGGCAAUAUUAUGCUGUGGAAUGUCAAUUCCAGCAUGGACAUUACGACAAAUGCGUUGCCACCAUCCGUGACAAACAUAAGGAAAACAUGGAUGUGGUCGUUGCAACCAUCUUUUCGCAUAGCCAGGUGGCGAAGAAAAAUCUGCUGGUAACUUUGCUGGUCGAUCAUUUGUGGGCUAAUGAACCUGGUCUAACGGACGAAUUGGCUGCUACGCUAAGUGAACUGACUUCGCUGAACCGAGCGGAACACUCCCGUGUGGCACUGAGAGCCCGUCAGGUGCUAAUAGCUGCUCAUCAGCCAGCCUACGAGCUUCGGCACAAUCAGAUGGAAUCGAUUUUCCUAUCGGCCGUGGAUAUGUACGGACAUGAUUUUCAUCCGGAAAAUUUGCAACGUCUGAUCCUGUCGGAAACGUCUAUCUUUGACAUUUUACACGACUUCUUCUAUCACUCGAACCGUGCCGUAUGUAACGCUGCGCUGGAAGUAUACGUACGUCGUGCAUAUACCUCGUACGAGUUGACGUGUCUGCAGCACUUGGAGCUUUCCGGAGAGGUACCGUUGGUACACUUCCAGUUUCUGCUGCCAACGGCGCAUCCAAACCGUUACAAGCUUCUCCCUGAUGGAACGGAAACAGACAACAUUUCCGACUCAUUCAUGCGCACUGGUUGCAUGGCCGCGUUCGAUUCGUUUGACCAUUUCACUCAAUACUCGGAUGAAAUUUUGGACCUGCUAGAGGAUUUCUCAUCGCCUGCGUUUGUCAAUCCUAAGGUACUGGAAGCGGUGGAAGCUGGAGAUUCGGACCGUCGUAUGAGUACGUCAAUCAAUGUUUCGAUUUCCGACCCGGUGGCACGAGCUGUGGAAAGUGAUGGAAUUGCCGCACACCCAGCGGAAGCCAUGCACAUCCUAAGCAUUGCUGUUCGUGACAUGGGCGAUAUGGAUGAUUUACAGAUGGAGCAGGUAUUUGGAUCGUUCUGCGCUCAACAUCGUGAAGAGCUGCUCACCCGCAGAGUUAGGCGGAUUACAUUUGCCGCACUCAAGAAACGUCAAUUCCCAAAAUUCUUCACCUACCGAGCACGAGACAACUUUGAGGAGGAUCGUAUCUAUCGUCACCUGGAGCCGGCAUGUGCCUUCCAGCUGGAGCUGAACCGUAUGCGAACGUACGACCUGGAGGCUCUGCCAACUGCCAAUCAAAAGAUGCACCUAUAUCUUGGUCGUGCCAAGGUAGCCAAGGGUCAAGAAGUGACAGAUUUCCGUUUCUUCAUACGUUCCAUUAUUCGUCACUCGGAUUUGAUAACCAAAGAGGCUUCAUUCGAGUACCUUCAGAACGAAGGUGAACGCGUGCUAUUGGAAGCGAUGGAUGAGCUGGAAGUGGCCUUCUCGCAUCCCCACGCCAAACGUACGGAUUGUAAUCACAUUUUCCUAAACUUUGUUCCAACGGUUAUAAUGGAUCCGGCCAAGAUCGAGGAGUCCGUGACCAAGAUGGUGAUGCGGUAUGGGCCUCGGUUGUGGAAACUGCGGGUACUGCAAGCUGAGCUGAAGAUGGUUAUCCGGCAGACGACACAAUCGCCAACUACCUCCGUUCGUUUGUGCAUAGCAAACGAUUCGGGUUACUUUUUAGAUAUAGCAAUGUACACCGAGGUGACCGAUCCGGAGACGCAUGUGAUCAAAUUCCAAGCAUACGGUAACAGGCAAGGACCCCUGCAUGGAUUGCCGAUUUCUUCGGCCUACAUGACCAAAGAUUACCUACAACAGAAACGCUUCCAGGCUCAAUCCAAUGGUACUACCUAUGUGUACGAUAUUCCGGAUAUGUUCCGCCAAAUGACGGAACGAUUGUGGAAGGAAUUUUCCAAAGCGCGACCAACGGAAGAUAUUAGGAUUCCCGAGAAAAUUCUACUCGUGUGCAACGAGUUGGUGCUGAAGGGUGAUACGUUGGAGGAGAUUCAACGGUUACCGGGAGAGAACAACGUUGGGAUGGUGGCAUGGAGGAUUGUACUGGCUACUCCAGAGUUCCCUGACGGGCGAGAGAUUGUAGUCAUCGCUAACGACCUAACCUAUUUCAUCGGAUCCUUUGGACCUCAGGAGGAUAUGCUAUUCUGUAAGGCGUCGGAACUGUCUCGGAAGCGCAAGUGCCCUAGGAUUUACAUUUCGGUUAACAGUGGUGCCCGUAUCGGAUUGGCCGAGGAAGUGAAAUCCUUGUUCAAAGUGGCCUGGGAAGAUCCCGACGAGCCGGAGAAGGGAUUCAAGUAUCUGUACUUGACGACUGAAGACUACAGCAAGAUUGCAAAUACGAAUUCGGUUCGUGCCAUUUUGAUUGAGGACGAAGGUGAGCCGCGAUAUAAAAUCACUGAUAUUAUUGGCAAAACCGAUGGGCUCGGUGUGGAGAAUCUGCGUUAUGCUGGUAUGAUUGCCGGUGAAACUUCGCGAGCGUAUGAAGAUGUGGUAACGAUUUCGAUGGUGACCUGUAGAACGAUCGGUAUCGGUUCCUAUUUGGUACGUCUUGGUCAACGUGUGAUACAAAUUGAAAAUUCUCACAUUAUUCUGACUGGCUUCGCCGCGCUGAACAAACUAUUGGGUAGAAAAGUGUACGCUUCUAAUAACCAGUUGGGUGGUAUUCAAAUCAUGCACAACAACGGUGUCACGCACAAGACCGAGGCAAUAGAUUUGGACGGUGUCUACACGAUAUUGUAUUGGCUCUCUUACAUUCCGGAUGUGCGUGGAGGAACGCUGCCAAUCGUAACGACCAGUGACUCAAUUAACCGACCAAUCGAUUUCAUGCCAACUAAGGCGCCCUAUGAUCCGCGGUGGAUGCUAGCAGGACGUGUCAAUCCGUCCAAUCCCUCUGAAUGGGAAAGCGGUUUCUUUGAUCGGGGAAGCUGGUCGGAAGUGAUGGAACCAUGGGCUCAAACGGUUGUUGUGGGUCGUGCCAAACUUGGUGGCAUCCCGGUGGGUGUGAUUGCGGUAGAAACUCGAACAGUCGAGCUGACCAUUCCGGCUGAUCCGGCAAACCUCGACUCGGAAGCCAAAACAUUCCAACAAGCCGGUCAGGUAUGGUUCCCGGACUCAUCCUACAAAACGGCACAAGCAAUCAAAGACUUUGGACGAGAGGAACUGCCACUGAUUAUCCUGGCCAACUGGAGAGGGUUCUCCGGUGGACAGAAAGAUAUGUACGAACAAAUCGUUAAAUUCGGUGCCUACAUCGUUGACGGGCUGAGGGAGUACAAACAACCGGUCAUCGUCUAUCUGCCACCGAAUGCGGAACUUCGUGGAGGAGCCUGGGCUGUGUUGGAUCCGACCAUCAAUCCACGGUACAUGGAAACCUAUGCCGAUCCGGAAUCUCGUGCGGGAGUGCUAGAGCCUGAGGGUAUUGUCGAAGUCAAAUUCAAGGAAAAAGACCUGGUCAAGGCCAUUCAGCGGUUAGAUCCGGUGACGUUGAAUCUCAUUGAGAAGCAAACAGAAGCAGCUGGCAAUAAGGAAUUGGUAGCGGAUCUAGAAAACCAAAUCAAUUUGCGAGUCAAUUCGCUGCUGCAUGUGUACCAUACGGUAGCAGUGCACUUCGCCGACCUGCACGAUACACCGGAGCGAAUGCUGGAGAAGGGAUGCAUCAGCGAAAUCGUACCCUGGCGAAGCUCGCGUAGCUUCCUAUACUGGAGGAUGCGGCGGUUGCUGCUUGAGGAAUACUUCAUCCAGCAGAUUCUAGACGCCCAGGACAGUCUUUCCGUAGGACAAGCCAAAUCGAUGCUACGUCGGUGGUUCGUCGAGGAUAAGGGUGCCACGGAGGCUUACCUGUGGGAGAAUAAUGAGCCUCUGGUGGAGUGGUUAGAGAAUCAAAAAAAGAGCGAUUCGACCGUCUGUCGCAACAUCUACGCCGUGAAGAAGGAUGCGAUAAUCUCACAGAUUCAAAAAGCCCUCGAAGAAUGCCCCGAGGUGGCUCUGGAUGCAGUAGUCGGGUUGUGCCAAGCCCUUUCUCCAGCCCAUCGAGGUGAGGUGGUGAAAACGCUGUCCCAGCUGGAAUUCACCGAGAAGGAACACACCAGCAUGGGAUGACCGCGGACUGGCUACUACAAGUAACGCACCAGCAACAGGAGGACAAGACGAAAGAAGCAGUAGCUUUCUUCCAUGUGGAAAUCCUGCGCGAUACUUUCGUUUUCCAUUCUUCCGGAAAACCCAUGAUGAUCAUAUCUUUAUUCCUUUGAUUCAUCAGCCAAUGUACCAAUGUAGGUUCACUAAGGUAUGCUUCAUAUAAAGACAAGAUUUCCGUUCCAUCAACAUCUUAUUAUUGUUAUUGGAGGUCGAUGGGCCACGACAAUUAUCGAUAUAGCUCGUUCAUAGCUCAUACCAAAAGACGGUAGGAAUAUGAAUUAAAACAAAGCCUGUUUCUUAUUAGACUGCACUAGGUAAAGUGCAAACACAUAGCUACUAAUAUAAUCGAUCCUUGGGCAGAGUCAACAUCGACAAGACGAAAUGAUUCAUAAUGUUAACAUACCUAAUUUAUUAUUAGAAAAUCGUCCGUCGAAAUCACAAACAAAAAUCUAUUCGAUCACUAUUUUGUACGUUAUUUUCCUCGUCAGGAAGGAUUUUUGUUGCUACGUAGACAUUAAAGUUAUAAUACAUCUAAAAAAUGAAGAUAAACCAAGGAUACCGGGUACCAUUUUAUACAUUUGGUGUGAACUCUUUAAAAGGGAUAAAUUGUAUAGAUUAGGUUAACGACACGUGGUGAAUAAAAGUAAAACAUCAACUGUAAACAUAUUUAAUUACGAAAGCAAAUUUGAUAGCUGCAUUUAGCGGAUAUUAUGAAAAACUACAUCCAGCCAGAUCUAGGAAAAAAUGGCAACAUCAAACAAAUGAUAUGCAUCACCGAAUCCUCAACUAUUGUACAAACCAAUGGAGAUAUGGAAAAUAUAAAGGAGAGUAAUCUGAAAA